AUGGCCAAAAACAUCGACAUCUCCAAUACCACCUUGGUGCCCUGGUACCCAAGCAAGUUUGAGUGUCAUCGAAUGGCGGCCAUACUCUUGAAUCCGAGUAGCAAGGUGGUUGAUCUCGUCGAGCAG